GUCCGCGCAAUUUGCCUGCGAUACCGAGUGGAGAAUGAAUGGUCAUGUAAAGAGCAUGCAUUUUCAACAGUGUAUGGAACUAGCAACAACAUUACUCUCUCUCCUGCUGGUUAUGGCUGUUGAUUCAACAAGAACUGUAGCAGCAAGCAGAAACCAGCAGUGUGGGAAUUCUCUGCAACAGUCUUUGAAGCUCACCAAACUCCUACAGAAGGAAUCUGUCGACCUAAUCAGAACAUAUAAAGCCUCUCAAGGAGACAUGUCAGAACUUUUCUGCAAGGUGUCAGUUAACAACAUCCCUGACCCCAACAUCUCUGGCCUGGAGCCCUCAGAGAGGAUAGUGAGCAUCUACACACAUCUCAAAGCCUUCUUGCCACAUUUCAAACGGGUGUAUGAGCAGCAGAAAGACUUACAGCCACCCACAAGCCCACUGCUGUCCAGUCUUAUCAACGUCAGUGCUCGCAACAGGUACCUGGCUGGUCUCAUAAACAACUUUUAUCAGAGCCUCUUCCCAAACCUGCCGGUACCAGAACCGGCAGGGGGGCCGACAACACUACCUCCACCUCAGAACGUGUUCCAGCAGAAGGUCUACGGCUGUGUGGUGCUGAAGACCUACAAAGAGCUCCUGUCAAAUGUUUUCCAAGAACUGAGAGUCCUAAAGAACAACUUCUGCAGGAGGAGGAUACAAAUAAACACACCCUUCUUCUGAGGAGCACCUAAGGCUGACCUUAGACAGUCAGUUUCCAACAAUACUUAUACUCAUUGGGUUUUGCUAAAGACUUAAAAAGAAAUGUGAGAAUGAAGGUGGCUGGUACAUCAGUGUAAUGGAGCCUAUUUAUGGUAUUUAAUAUUUAUUUUCUUGUGUGUUUCUGAUAAAAACAAAUGCUGUUAAAAGAUGGAGUGUAAAGCUUAUGUGUAUGCAAGUUAUGUAUAUUUAAUAUAUCUAAUAUGUUAUGUAAGGUUCUACUUUGCUGAUGUAAACAUAUUUACUGUAUAUAGAAUUAUUAAAAGAUACUUUGCA